AUGGCUUCUUCUUCUUCUUCUUCCGUUGUCUUCUCGUCCGCGACGAGCCUCACGAGUGAUCCCGUUUCCUCAGUACGAUUGUCUUCUCCCUCGACCGCUUCCAUCACCACCAGCCUCCUCCAUGCCAUAACGACACUGAAACCUCUCCCGACCUCUAGUCACCUCCCUAUUCACCGCUCUUCCAGCUCAGAUUUGAGCAGCACCUCAUCUGGUAUUGACCUCAGCUCGACCCUUCUCUCUCCAUCUCCUGAUAUACCCACCCCGACCAGUCUCACAGCUUCCCUCGAAUCUGUAGCGUCCACUCUUCCUCGCUAUCUCAUCGCUGGAGGAGUCAUCUUGGCAGUUGUGAUUUUCAUCGGCAUCCUCAGUUUCUGGUGGAAGAGGAGAUUGAGACGGAUCCGUCAUUUCGAUGAAGAAGAUCAUUUCUGCUUCGAGAAGAGACGUCAAGAGAGAUUAAACAGCUCUACUCCUCCUUCCCAUUCACCCACUCCCAAGAGGCCUCAAAGGAUGGCCGGGACGUCAUCAUCAGAGGCUUUGACAGCCCAGCAACGUCCAAAGCACAGAUCUCGUGCUCCAUCAGUUCCUCCUCCUCCCAUGGCAAAAUCACCUUUUAGCGAUUCCCCGCCGUAUGUUGUCAUCUCUCAAGCUUCCGAUUCAACCCUUCAUCUCGACACCCAACCCUCACCUACUUCUCCAGCCUCUCCGACGUCACCACUAUUGUCAAACGAUCCCAGUGCACCUUUAUGUCCUCCUUCACGUCAGAUACGCCAAAGCACAGCUACGAGCCAGCUUGAUGUGGAGUCAACCCGCUUGAGCCAUGUCGAGAAAGACCAAGCGGAAUUACUAGAAUAUUUACAAAGAGACGAAAAACGUCAUUAG